GAUUAGUUCCCGUUAAUGGGCCGCGCCGUCAAGCCGCGAGAGAGAUUUCCCGAGAAUGGGCGCGGUUUGUCAAAUGGAGAAAGCAGUGUCACACAGUGCCACGUCGAACAAGGCGGAGGGACCUUCGGUUGACUUGUGUCAAGACUGUAGGAUGGUACGCCGGGUGUAGAUUUUUCUGGUUGCCACGUGGGGGGAUAUAUUUUGAGAUGUAGUUCGGUAUUAAUUGACGUGUCUCGCACAAAAGAAGAGCCUUUUGAGUCGACUGCUGAUGUGUGACUUGGUGCCGUCUUGUCAUCGGGAGUUGUCAUAAAUAGAACGGCAUGGCCAUGCUGAAGUGGAACGAACUCCACGAGCAAUAUCCAUCUUCCGAAAGUUUUUUGCGUAGGAAAGGCUGCAACGUUUCAUCCUUCCAUUGCGUCUGUUAUUGGAAUAUGUUACUUGCCGUCAGCUGUGUGUCGCCAUGGAAAGUGAAGUUUCGCCAUAGAUCGUUCCUCAUCAGCCUCCAGGCUUCUAGAAACAAUGUGCGGAAUCCGCGGCACGGCCAGACGCAUUUCUGCCGCCAUACAUGCUCGGUCUGUCUCGCUUCAGAUCCCGGUAUCACCUCGGAGGAAGACGCAGCUGCGGACUUCUCAAGGAAGCCAGCCUCCACAGUCGUAUGCAAGAUUCUGCUGCUCAACAUCGGGGCUCCGGAAUCGAACAUCCUGUGUCGGACAAGCAAGCUAACGGCAUGUAGAUCGUUUCGGUCCGUUAUUAAGCGUCCUUGCAUGGCUCUUGUGGAAUUCUGGAGUCUUUUCAGAGUCCGAGCCAAAAGGUGUCUCAUGUGUAAGGCAAUCCGCACCGGAUAGAUUCCGGAGUGCUUUGCCCACCUGCGCACCCGCGUCCGACGGCACGUCUAUGUCUAUUUCGAGAGUAGCCUUGUUGCGUGGAUAUCUUCCUCUCCUCAGGAGCACUCCGUUAGGAUAUCAUCCAAUCCA